AUUGUUUUUCUUUCAGAUGUUAUUUGUCUGAUCCAGCUUUACACCCCACACCAGUGUAAUCCCGGAUGGUCACAACAGCAGAAUGAUGGACGAGAGUUCAUGGAGGAUCUUAGUCAGCUCCUUCUUUUUCUUCUUACUAUUGUCAUGUCAAGCGUCUACUAAUUCUUGUGGCGACGCACUUGAGGAACUUGAGGAACAGCUGCCUGAAGACUAUUUAUUCCGUUUAAGUUCUAACUUCACCAAGGAUAAAAAAGUUAGCCGAACAGAAGCCAUUUGCAGACUGAAAUACUUUUUGAUGGUCCCCAAAAAAAUAAUAAAAGACGUUAAUGAAACCUUUUUAACCUUUUUAUUGGAUAAUUGUAAUCUCUCCAAGACAUGUGAGACGACUAAGCUUCCCAGGUUGAAUGAGACAUUGUUUAUGACUGUAAAAGACUUCAUUGGCAUGAUCGGCAAUGAUAUUCAUGGAGGUCACCAAAAUGUAUAUAAUGAACAAAAUCAACUUAAAUGUAAUGAGACAUCAAAAGCAACAGCUUCAGCAAUGACUACAGCUGCAACUCCAAGUCAAACUCAGAAGUCAACAGCUUUACCAACACGUACAGCACCAAUACCAAGUCGUAGUUCACCACAACCACCGGAAUAUAUUUUUGAUACUCAACGGGAGAUGGCGUCCUUUAGCUUGUUGGGCAUCUCUAUAUUAUUGAACAUCAUCCUCAUUUUUGUGGUCAUUCACUUGAUGACGAGGAUACGCCACCACAGCAACAACAUGAGUAAUGGCAAUGGAGAUAGAUCCCCCUCUUUAAUUGCAUCUCAUUCCCUGGCUCGGAUGGAGAUGGAUUAAUCCUUCCUUCUCUCAUACAAGCCUCCAGCACUAAUCGUGGUAUUGGUAAUAAGGAGUAUGUGGAUAUGGCUAGACUGUACAUAAUGGACAAUAUCUUAACCCAUGAUGCUGUAAUGUGAAUGGGAGAUGGACACAUUUUGGUAAAUCUUGGAUGAUUAAUCCAGCACUGUCCCUAAAGUGUGUGCAUGUCACUUCUGGAGAAAAUAUUAGUGUUAGGGAUAUGAAGAACUCAAAUCCAUACUUGUCCAUCCAUCCUUGUACUGUCUUUGAAAGGGACUGAAGCAGUGACCUCAUUAUAGAAGGUCAGAGGUCAUACAACACUCCAAAGGUCACAAGUGUCCAAGGCGCAGCUAUUUACAAAAGCAUGACUGGCAACAUGCGUUCAUAUUGGAUUAUAGGAGAUUCGUAAAUUAUAUUUUUUAUUAGGAUUCCUCCGUCAGGACUAAAUUACAGCUGUUCGAACUUUAACCAAAUUUGACAAUGCUUGCCAUUGGAGAAAUGUCUUAUUUCCUGAUACAAAAACUGAACAAUCAAAUGUUUAAGUGUGAAUGGCUUAGUAGGAUGAGAUGCAGUGCUGAUGUGUGAAGGGUGGUGGGUUCUAAUCUAGGCAAAGGUAUAAACUUUUUUUUUUAUUAUUCUGACAGAAAUUACAGUUUCAAGUCUUCUGGUUAAUCCCAGUGUAACUAUCUAUUAAGUCAAUUUUACAACAUUUUGCAAUUUUGAAACAGGAAUUGCCGCCAUUGCUGCUUGCAGCUAUAUUUAUUAUUAUGUUUCAUUGAUUGAUUGUAACAAAUAUUUCAAUCUUAUCAUUUUAGUAUUAUAAAAAAAAAAAAUAUCAGAACAUUUUAAGUUGGUUAUUUUUUAGAAGGAUCGUGGUUUUCUGUGUGUGCAUGCAGGUGCAGCUAUUAUUCCUGGCAUACACUAGUAUAGUUUAUACGGAUUUCACAGUAAGUUUUUGUACAGUUUACAGGGCUCCAGACUAACUUUUUUACUAGGAGCACAGUAGCCCCUGACUGAAAAUUUUAGGAGCAAAAGCAGAAAAUGUAGACGCACACCUUAUAUUAACCUGCAAUGCAAUUAUUAAUGUCACUAGAGAGGGUACAAUUCACUCAUUCAAUCGAACUGGCAACCUUCAGAUUACUAGCCCGACUCCCUCACCGCUCAGCCAUCUGACCCCCCAGUUUGAUUCCCAGCCGUGCCAAAUGACGUUGUGUCCUUGGGCAAGUCACUUCACCCUACUUGCCUUGGGGGAAUGUCCCUGUACUUACUGUAAGUCGCUCUGGAUAAGAGCAUCUGCUAAAAGACUAAAUAUAAAUGUAAAUUUCAGAGUAACAGGGCCUUUGAACAAAGACACUAAGUCAACAUGCUAAAACUGAGUUUAGAAAUUGAUGUCAGACAGAUUUGCCCAAAUGUGCACUUCCUCCUAUCCUAGUCAUUAUUCGUGUAAUGGUAUGAUUGUUGUAAAGAUGGUAUGGUCUUCCCCCCAGGCUUAGGUCUCAAUCAUGUCUCUCUCAGCUCUGAAAGCCGGAGGACCAUCUUUUAUAGGGUACAGGAAUGUAAACAUAGAUAGUGACAGUCAGGCAGUAAUGACAUUACAACAGUCUCAGAGGAAGAGAUUCACAGCUCCCAACACAUGACCACUCAGACUAGAGAGAUCAUAGUUGGCGCUCUCCUUGUAGUCAUGACAAAGGACGUUUACCCACACUGUAAAAAAUAACCGUUUUUUUUACCAUGAAAUGCACUGUAUUUUUUACAGAUAUUUCCUCUUUUUCUAUAAAACAAUGAUAUGCCUGCGGAUUUACCAAUAUUUGAUGUCAAAUAAAUGUUACACCCUUAAAAUCACAGGCAUUUUACCUUAAUUUAAGAUAACAUGAAUAUGAUGUUUAUUUAAUGACAAUUCAUUGUAAUUGUACAGAUUCAAAUGUAAUUUUACAUUAAAUGGGAGGUAAUAUUUAACAGAUUAUUUCAGGUUAAUAAUAAUGAAGAAAUGCAUGUGAAAUUACAGAUAUCGUUGGUCAUUGGGUUUUCUUUAAAAUUGUGAUUUUAUGUUUUUUAAACUAAUUAGUAGUAUUUGUACAGACACAAAAGUAAUUUAUUAUUGGGAAUAAACAGCAGAAAGGAUGCACCCAUGCUUCCC